CUGAAGGGCACGGGGCGGCAGCGCCUGGCCUGGCGCCCGGGGGACAGGGGAUGUGGAUCAGCCACCCAGAUAUUUUAUAUAGAAAUAAUGCAGUCUAUAUCCUGGUUCUCCACGGAACUGCUGCUGGGGAGCAGUGUCAGCCCAACGGUGACCGCGUGCAGCGAAGCCCACGAGGAGCAGCGAGCCGACAGAUACUGCCAGCCAUGGCCCAACGACCAUGGAGAAGGACGGGGCUGAAGCACCCUUCCCUAUUGGCUCUGCUAAUCUUGUUGGCCCUGGCCCUGCUGGCACUCUCCUACCUCCCCUCUCCACCAAAUGGGGAGCAUGGCCGGGCCCCUUCGCCCCAUGUGGCACCAGCACCUCCAGCACCUGCAUCGCUCCUGCUGGCACCCCGGCCCCGGCGAGAUGUGGCCAUCACCCCAUGUAGGGACCAGCCCCCGAGCCGGGGAGCAAAAAGACACAGGGGGAAAGGACGUUGGCUGAGGCAGUGGGGUGCCUCAAUGCCUUCCCCUUGUGCGGAUCAGCCAUGCAGGUGGGGCGGCUCACCUCAGGAGGACAGGCUGUGUUUUGGUGAGACAGUCCCACCGUGGCUCUCAGAGGAUGACAUCCAGAAGAUGGAGCUGCUGGCCCGUGGCCAAGUAGUCUCUAAACGCCGUGUGCCAGCUCAUGGGCAGGUCCUACGCAUCCGUCUGCGUGCUGAUGGUGACACCCAGCCUGUCAGUCCAGGGGAGGACUGUGGGGAUGGGCGAUGUGGGCUCAUCAAGCGCUCCACAGACCUCUAUGAGGUGGUGGCCUUCCACCUGGACAGGGUCUUAGGGCUGAACAGGAGCCUGCCCGCAGUGGCCCGCCGCUUCUCCAGCCCCAUCCUACCCUACAGCUAUACCAAUGGUGUCCCCCGGCCCCUCAUCUGGUGGGCACCUGACGUCCAGCACCUGGAGGACACCAACAAUGACCAGAACUCCUGUGCCCUGGGGUGGCUGCAGUAUCAGGAGAUGCUACGGUCCCACAGUGUGGCCCCGGUGGCAGGAGACACAGCCUGUGCAAGCAUCCAGCGCGGUGAGUGGGGCCGCUUGGCGCUCUUCGACUUCCUCCUGCAGGUUCAUGACCGCCUGGACCGAUAUUGCUGUGGAUUUGAGCCUGACGCCUCCGAGCCCUGUGUGGAGGAGAUGCUCCAUGAAAAGUGUCGAAACCCAUCCGAGUUGUUCCUGGUGCACAUCCUGGUCCGGAGGAGCGCUCUGUCCCAGCUGGUGUUUAUCGACAACGCAGGCCGGCCACAGCAACCAGAGUCAAAGCUCAACUUCAGGCUGCUGCAGGGCAUAGACAGCUUUCCAGAGACAGCUGUGGCCACACUGAGGUCGGGCUGCCUGACCUACAGGCUGCUGAAGUCGCUGUACAGGGACCAGGAGCUGUGGGAGAGCCAGGGAGGUGCUGCAGGGCUGUGGCCUCUGCUGCAGGUCCUGGAGAGGCGGGGACAAAUCCUGCUGCGGUACCUCCAGGAGCACAACCUGACUGUGGUGAGGGACACCCUGCGCUGAGCCCUGCUGUGGUCUGCAAAGUGAAACUGAACGUGGGUUCUUGCUUCUCCAAAAGGUGUCUUUUUAUUAACCCCUGUUAGUGGGAUGUCCUGGGAAAGGACAAGGGGUUGUGGGGUGUAGGAAAGAGGAAGAGGAGACUUUCUGAAACAACCAACAGAUGUUUGGAAAGGCAUUAAGCAAGAUUUAUCACACAAUCUGCUCAACAUGGAGUUUUCAAAGAAGGAGAACAUCUGUGAGAUUUUGGAUGUUCCCAAAAUAACAAAAGUAGAGACUCUGGAGUGGUGUGGGGAAAAGCAGGCUGAACCCUAAUAAUCAAGGACAAGUCCCCAGAGCUGAGCUCUACCUUCUCCCGUGGUGGAGGUGACGUAUGCCUAUGUCUGCAUUAAGCUUUCUCUAAGGCUUGCAGAUAAAUCUUACCAAACACCCAGGAAACCUUCGACAGAAAGCAACCAAGUGCAAAACGCCAUCUGAGGAUGCUGAUAACAAAAGAGAGCCUGCCCCCCCUUUAUCAUAUCUUCCAGCAUUGCCCACCAGUCGAGCAGUGUAUACAUUGAUACAGUAGUCAGGAUUGAGAGCCCUGAAUGAAGUAGAGGAGACCAUCAGGGGUGCCUCUGCACGCUGCUGCCCUGUUGCCCUUGAGCUGGAGAAAGUGUCCACCCGUGCAGCCAGAGAGGCAGAAAGCAGGCACUCACACUGCUCCUCUUGCAUCCAUCUCAGCAGUGUGUCAGGUUUAGAGCCUGCCAGGGGAUACUUUUGUAGCCGUGCUGAUAAGUGUAGGCAAUUACCUUUUCCUCUUGCUUAAGAGAAGAUGAAGUGAGGCUGGAGUGACAUUAAUCAGUGAGCGUGAGUGCUCUCAGAAAGCACUGGUAUUAGCCUUGCCUGCACCUCAGCAUCCUGAACGCUUUGCUGUGGUCCUGCCCUGGUGCUGGCAAGGGAAAGCCUAUCUGCCAUCAUCAUCUCCUCCUCUGCCAGGGUGGCCUGCAUGAGAAUUCAUUCUGAGGAGGUUUGUAAGAAUGGAGGAGAACAAAAUAACUCAUCCUGGGUCCAAAAUGUCCCAUCCAUAAUAAUAAAUGAGAUUGAUAAUCAUAAAAUCGUAGAAUCACUAAGGCUGGAAUCAUUAAGGUUGGAAAAGAGAAGAUCACCUACCACCACCACGCUCACUCAAUAAUGUCCCUCAGUGCCACAUCCAUGCGGUUCUUGAACACCUCCAGGGACGGUGACUGCACCACCUCCCUGGGCAGCC